AUGGAUUAUAGCGAAUUCACAUUUGAAAAUUCUUCUGCGAAUAAUGAUUCACAAACGGUUGAGAAUGAUGAUGAUACACGUUCAGAAGCUCUUUCGGGCUAUCAAUCAGAUGAAUCUCUGGUAACAGAAUACGCCUCUGCAUUUGAAGAGGAUGAUGAUGAAACGGAUCUUACACAAGAGGAGUGCUGGGAAGUUGUGUCAUCAUUUUUCAAAAAUAAAGGAAUUGUACGACAACAGUUGGAUUCUUUUGAUGACUUUAUUGAGCGUGGUCUAGUUGAAGUUAUAAACGAAACCCCAAUGCAAGCGAUUAGAUAUUCUGAUUUUGAAGAUGGGCGAGAAAUAAUGACUCAAUACCGUUUCGAGUUUGAUAAGCCAUCAUUUACUAAACCUCAAUUUUCCGAGCCUGAGGGUAUUAAAAAGCAAUUGUUCCCGAACGAAGCUCGCUUAAGGGGUUUAACGUACUCAUCCCCGUUGUUCUUAAAUAUGAAACUUUUUAUAUCAAAGCUAAUCAUAAACAGUUAUGAUGAAAUCGAUUAUAACGAAAAUGAUUUCAAAGGAUAUGAGGAGACUGUGGUUGAUGAACCGGUAUUUUUUGGAAAGAUUCCUGUUAUGGUACAUUCUAAAUUUUGCUCUUUAGCUGGUUUGACUUUUGAGGAACUGAAAGAACAUCAUGAAUGUCCAUAUGAUCAGGGUGGUUACUUUAUCAUAAACGGUUCCGAAAAAGUUCUAAUAGCUCAAGAAAGAUUAGCCUACAAUUACGUCUAUAUCUUUAAAUAUGCUUCGCCGUCGACUACCUUGUAUAGCGCGGAAUUUCGUAGUUCUACCGAACACAUGUCAAAAGUAAGAACUGUAAACUUGAAAUUGGUUACGAGAACUUUUGCCGGAGACGAUAUUCCAAUUAGAGUUUUAUUUCUUGCCCUCGGAAUCCUCAACGAUGAGGACUUCAUCGAUUGUAUUUGCCUUGAUUCUCACGAUCCUGAAAUACUCAAAAUUGUACUAUCUUGUAUUGACGAAACGCGUGCAAUUCAGUCGCAAAAUAUCGCUCUAGAUUUUAUUGCGCGCAGAGGAAAUACAUCUAACGCGGUUCGGGAGAAACGUAUCGAGUAUGCGAAAAACAUUAUAUAUAACGAAUUUCUGCCUCAUGUUGGAGUAGGAAUAGGCUUCAAUUUAACUAAAGGAUAUUUUUUGGGAUAUUUGGCGCAUAGACUUUUACUCUCUACUCUUGAUCGUCGAGAACUUGAUGAUCGAGAUCACUUUGGCAAAAACGCCUUGAUAUGGCUGGUCCUCUAA